GCGACACCACCGCCACCCAUUGUUGGUGGCUGGACACCGCCCCGUGAUCCCACGGAUGAAGAUCUGCAAGUCUGGACCAAGGUAGUGACCAGCGUCAACACGGACUUGGCAAGCAAAGGGACGCCGGCGACGGUGUCUUCGCAGGUAGUCGCGGGUAUCAAGUACAAGUUUAUGUUCGAGGACGGCAGCAAAGUGAUUGUCCUGAGCGUGCCGUGGAUGAAAACCCUCGAGGUGCUCGAGGUAGAUGAGCCGUAG